CUUUACUAUUGCUUAGUUAUGUGUACAGGAGGUAGUGCCGUGAAGGUCAUCCCUUGUCUUCGGUAGUCUUGUCAAGAAGAUGAAGAGACCUAAAAUUUCGGUUUGCUCAGUUUUCCUGUCAAAGUAAUCGGUGUAGUUUCUUCACCAUACAGUUUUCGUAUAGCAAUGAAGAAGCGUCGAAAGCGUGUAUGUAAAAGUUUUCGUGCUUCAUUUGCAUUUCUCUUCUCCCGAUUCAAAUCUGCUCAGCGAUGCCGAGAUUACGGUUUUUUCGAAAACAUCCAGGUCCUUCACCCCUUUAAUAUUGCAGUGUCCUCGCACAACUACAUGACCAAAAGCUAACAUUUUUUUUUUACGCCCCC